GAUGUGUGCAACCAUGGGUUCAGCUCGAGGUUUUAUGAAAAUAUCGUCAGCAUUUCUGACAAGUAAAAGCCAACUUCCCAAACCACGACGACACCAAAUGGACACUCUUCGUAAUGCAAGGGCAGUUUCAUCAACACCAUUCCCAGAAUUUGCUGACAUGCCAGGCAUUAAAUCACAUGAAGACCUACGCAAAUUCAGUUUGGAGCAGCCAGACUUGUUCUGGGGCAAAUUGGCAGAGUCUCGCCUCGUUUGGCAGCAGAGUUUUGACAAAGUUUCCGACUGUGACAUGGCAAAUGGAUAUAUUCGUUGGUUUCUCAACGGUAAAAUAAAUGCAUCUGUUAACUGUGUUGACAGGCAUUUGAAAGACCGUGGUGAUCAGGUGGCAUUGAUCUGGGACAAAGAUGAACCAGGUACAGAGGAGUUUUACACAUACAGACAAUUGCACACAAUGGUGAAUAAGAUGGCCAACGUAUUUAAGCAGCAUGGUGUGAAGAAAGGAGACAGAAUUGCCAUCUAUCUUCCACAGUCACCAAUGGCAGUGGCAGCCAUGUUGGCGUGUUCACGCAUUGGUGCUUUACAUACCGUGGUGUUCGCUGGAUUUAGUGCUGAGGCACUGGCAGGCAGAGUCAUUGAUGCUCAGGCCGAAACCAUCAUCACUGCUGACCAAGGAGUCCGAGGGGGAAAGUUCAUUGAACUGAAGAAGACCGUGGACCAGGCUGUUGAGAAGUGCAGCUGUGUCAAACGCGUCUUUGUCUAUCAGAGGACGGGCGGAGACGUCACAAUGGGAAAACUUGAUAUACCUUUAGACAAGGAAAUGAGUGCAGCAUCUGAAGAGUGUGAGCCCGUCAUGAUGGACAGUGCUGACACGCUGUUCUUGCUCUAUACAUCAGGAAGUACAGGCAAACCCAAGGGGGUGUCUCACUCACAUGGAGGAUAUCUCACCUACACUUCCGUUACAUUCAAGCAUGUAUUUGACUACAAAGAUGGUGAUAUCUUUGGUUGUAUGGCUGACAUUGGCUGGAUCACCGGUCACAGCUAUGUGGUGUAUGGACCACUUUCUAAUGGAGCCACCACGCUUCUGUUUGAGAGCACCCCAGUGUACCCUGACCCAGGUAGAUACUGGGAGACUGUACAGAGGCUGAAACUGGAUCACAUUUACCUGUCACCAACAGCACUAAGAUCACUUCUCAAAUCAGGAGAUACCUGGGUGCAAAAGUACGACCGAUCUUCAUUGAGAACACUUGGAUGUGUGGGUGAACCGCUGAAUACCGAAGCAUGGGAGUGGUACUACAAUGUGGUGGGAAAGAAAAGAUGCGACAUCAUCGAUACUUGGUGGCAGACAGAGACCGGAGGUAUCUGUAUUUCUCCUCGCCCAUCUGAUCCUGGAGCUGAGAUAAAACCAGCCAUGCCAAUGAGACCAUUCUUUGGUAUUGAUCUUGCCCUUGUGAAUGAAAAAGGCCAGGUAGACGAAGGGGAUGAUGUCCGUGGUGCUCUCUGUAUUAAAAAACCUUGGCCAGGCUUGGCAACAACAAUCUAUGGAGAUCAUCAAAGAUUCAUUGACACCUACUUCAAACCGUAUCCAGGUAUGUACUUCACUGGUGAUGGAGCCCACAGAAAGAACACGUACUACCAGAUCACUGGCAGGAUGGAUGACGUUCUUAAUGUCACAGGACACAGGCUUGGAACAGCAGAAAUAGAGGAUGUUUUGGAUGAUCAUCCAGCAACUGCAGAAACAGCUGUAGUAGGAUUUCCACAUGACAUAAAGGGAGAAGGUGUGUAUGCCUACAUUGUUUUAAAAGAUGGAAUUUCCACUCCGUUUGCAACCCUUGAUGUAGAAAUGAAGGCCUUGGUCAAAAAUCGUAUAGCAAGCUAUGCAGUUCCAGAUGUUUUCCAGUACACUCCAAGUCUACCACGGACAAGAUCAGGUAAAAUUAUGCGGAGAAUUCUACGGAAGGUGGCUGCCAAUGAUACAGAUCAGCUUGGAGACAUUUCAACUCUUGCUGAUCCCGAUAUUGUGAAAGUUAUUAUUAAACACAGCAAAAAAGCUAAAAAAGCUUGUGAUAAAAAAUAAACUUGGUGCAUGUGCCUUAUGAAGUGCCUCAACCUGUGAACAAUGCAAAAAUAAUUCCACCUUGUCAAAGCAAAUUGUGAAGGAUGCAAAACCAAUUCUACCUUAUAAAGCAAAUAUGAUUUUAAAUGUGAAUACCUCACAGAAUUUCAGUGGGCAUAAUUCUGUGGUAAACAUAGCAAAUAACAAAAUAUAUGUGUGUACCCUGCUGUCCAUUUUGUACUGACAAGAUAAAAUAUAAUGACUAUGAAAAGCAGAAUAUCUUAUUCUAACAAAAUAUUACUUGUCAGUUAAGGUACCAGUAAGUGAACUCUACUCAUUUAUUUUGGGACUACUGUAGACUUCCAGUGGUAAGCAAUUGUAAUACAUCAUUAAUUUCAGUUCAGUAUAUUGAUUUCUGUCCUGGUAAACAUAACCAAUCUUUUGUAUUUAUGAAUUACAAUUUAAAAGCUCAGUGUUAAUCUGAGCUUAUGAACAGUUUUAGUGUAUUAUUGUCUUUGAUGAUUUACAUGCUUCUUAAUAUUCAGAAUUUUACAAAGAUGUGUAUUUAUAUACAUACGACUUGUAACUUGUGUUUAUUAUUCAGUAGUAUUUUCUAGGUGGUAAUAGAUAUUUUUAUAAUUGUAUAAUUAGAUAUUUUUAUAAUUAUAUAAUCAAGGCAGCUAAAUGUACUAGUGUUACACAAGAUUAUUUUUAUCAAUCGCAAAGUUGCAUAAUGGCCUUUGUGAUCUUAUGUUAAAUGGCAUAGUAUAAACAUUCUGCAGACGAAUAACGCACAAUAUUUUUAUUUGAACAGCAAGUGUUUUUUCACUGCCACAUAAGAAUGAUCAAUGUAAAUACUCUUCUAUGCAUUAGAGGAUGAAUGUAAAUACUGUUCUCCACUGAAGAAUGUUGAAUGCACACUCUUCUCCACAUUAGAACUGUAAAUGCAGAUGGUUUUUCUCCACAUAAAACCAUGACUGCAAACAUAUAACAAUACUACGAACCACAAAUACUAAUCCUCCAUGUAAUAAUACUGAUGAAAAAUGCUCCAUGAACAAAACUACCUCAGGAAUCAAGAUUUGUAGAAAUUAUUUGCAAGACCAGAAUAUUUGUUCAAGAUUUCAGACAAUGAUAUUAAUGCUGCUCAUUUGGUACAUAAUACAUGUACUUAAAAAGCCUGUACCUGUAAAACACACUAUUACCAUUUUUGGAACAUAGCAUAAUUAUUGGUGAAUUAUAAUGCACAGAUGCCAUGGAUAACACUGACCAACAUUGUCUUUAGGAUAAUCUUUAGAUAUAUGUUGAUUUCUCAUGUCUUUGACCUUUGAUAAAACUGUUUAUUCAUUUUGGUAGCUAGCUGCUAUUAUUUUAAUGCGGUUUUAUUUUAUUGUUAAUUAAUUUUUAAAGUAUAUGUGUAUUGUUGCGAAUAGUCAAUUCUUAUAUAAACUGUAUGUGUUUUAUUGGUUGAAUUAAAAAAUAUAUAUACUGAUAAAAGUAUAAAUUGUAUUAUUAGGAACAUUUAUGUCAAUAGUUGAAUCUAUUCUUAUACAAAUAUUGAUUUGUUUAUUGGUUUAACUUUUAACCAUAUUUAUAAAAUCAUAAAUUGUAUUACUAAUGCUAGGUAUAUUUAUGUCAAUACUCAAGUUGCCACUGAUGGAUCAUUUUAUUAGUUUAGCUUUUAAAAAUAUUUCCAAAAACAUCAAUUGUAUUGUUAGAUACAUUUAUGCAAGUCGAGUUUAUUCUCAAUGAAUCUUUUAUUUAUUCUUAUUAAUAUUUAAAAAUAUAUACAUGUGUAUUGUUGUGAAUAGUCAAUUCUUUGACACAUUAUGUAUUUUUCAUUAGUUGACUUUAUUUUUAAAUAUUGAUAAAAGUGUAAUUGUAAUUGAUAAAAGUAUAAUUGUAAUGCUACGAACAUUUAUGUCAACAGUUGUUUAUUCUUAUACAUGUUCGAAACCCUAGUGGUAUACGAGCACGUUAAACUAGUUAUCUAUCUAUUCUUAUACAAAUAUGGGUCUGUUUUAUUGUUUUAACUAUUUAAAAUAUUUAUUAAAGCAUCAAUUGUAUUUCUAGGAACAUUUAUAUUAAUAGUUGAGUCUUCUUAUACAGAUAUGGACUUGUUUUAUUGGUUAACUUUUUAAAAUAUUUAUAAAAGCAUCGGUUGCAUUGCUAUAAAUAUUUAUAUCAAUAUUUGUCUUAUACAAAUAUGAAUGUUUUAUUGGUUUAACUUUUAAAAUAUUAAUAAAAGCAUCAGUUGUAUUGCUAGGUACAUUUAUGCAAAUAGCCAAUAUCCCUGUGCUUGUAGCAUGCUAUAUUUUGAUGUCACUGUGGACAGUGAUUUAUUCCAUUUUUGCACAUUGUUUAUUCAAGAAAAGGUAAUAAAUAUUCAAAUUUGAA